AUGAUUUUACGAAAAUGUGGCUGCGGAAGCGACCGUCACUACGGAGACGUUUGUUUUACAACAAUAUGGCGGCAAAAGACGGCGGAAAUUAAUGAUUUAUUCAUAGCGAAUGAUAACUCACCAUGACCUUGUAUAUGCCACCGUUACAGCGAAAGAAAAGGGUGCCUAAUCGAUAUAAUCCGGACUCUUUUCGUGUCAUAAGUGAUGAAGCUGAAACAACUCGUGAAAGAUUCUCAGGAAAUCCAUACUACAGCCCACCGUCACCAGAGAGGUUUGAGAAGGGAAUAUCUCUGCCCAAUAUUUACAACCGAAGCACACAGGUGCUACCAAAACCUGUACCAGAUUUCAGAGCCAACAAUCCCCAUCCUAGAAGCUGUGGGUUCUUGAGGCAUGAUGUCAGACUGCUUAAUGAGCCUAUCUGUAGUGUUUACACAUCAGUUACACACGAUGAACAAAAUCAAUGGUGGCCUUCGCGAACCUCUGAUGAACCUCUACAGGUCCCGGGUAAAACGAAGGACACAGUUUACCGCAGUGAUUACAUGAGGGAGCAUAAUGAGCCAUUACACAGGACAACUAGACAUGAAUCCAACAGCUCUAGAGAUGCCGCUCUAGGCCCAGAUAUAUUGAAACGGCUGGCUAGCUACGAAGUACAGGAAGUCCCUGUGAACUUCUUGACAAAAAGAGAUGGCACUCAAAGAAUUUUCCAGGAGAAGAAGUCAUUCGAGCAUGAUUACAACUCCAGAAAAGACACAAACUAUCCAGUUAGAGGAAAGAGGCUGGGAAGCUUUGUUUGGGAUGAGAUGAAUCCAGAUUUAGCUCAGCGGUUUGUGGAUCAACACACCAAUCUGUUGGAGGCCAAAGAGAAAUUUGAAGCUUGUCAAUCACAGACCGCCCACUCGUCUGCACCAAAUAGGACUCCUCCUCAGCAACAGGCCCCUCCCAACAACUCACAAGCUCAAAAUAAUAUACCUAACAAUAAUGUUAAAACCGUCACUUUCCAAGAGCCUCCAAAUACAAGUCAACAAAACUAGUAUACAUAUUGCUGUUAGUUUUAACUAUAUUUCUAUUUAUUCAAUUUAAUAUGUAUUUUAAGAAGGAUUUAUUUCAUAUUAAUCAGAUAUAUCUUACAUGAUAAAAUAUGAUCAUGCAAUACUGUAUGAUAUAUUAUACUUAUCCGUGUGAAUGAAAGAGAGCUAUUCCCAGCAAUAUAAAUCUUUGCAUUUUAACAUUAGAAACCAGGGUUAAAAUCUGUGAUAAAACCAAUUCAUAAUGUCAAUUCUGUAAGAACACAGGGUAUAUAAUGCAACAUUAGUUAGCAUUUGAUAUCAUAAUUGUUAUUAUUGAUAUUUCGAAUGCCUAGCUUAAGAAGCGUACACUAUAUUGUAUACAGUUAUGUGCAGUUGUUGAAAUGACAGUAUUUAAAUUAUUCUUGAAACUUCUGAAGAAGCGUUUGGAGUUGCUGCAUUGUUGUUGAUGUACAAAGGGUAUUGACAGAUCUGUGACUGCUGAGUGUUUGUGAGAAUUUUCCUGCUGCUGUUUAUUUUUACUAUAUGUUUCUGUGUUGUUUUAUUGCAUAGUCUAUUUUUACUAUAUCAGUAUUUUUUCUACCCAUAUUAAAAUCAAAUACCCAUGCCUUAAUCAUUAGUCUGUGAUGUCCCGGCUCUUUUCUGUGGAUGUUCUAUCAUGUGUACAUCUUUGUUACUACGUUUUGAGAGUAAGCUUUUUAAUAAAUUUAUCUGAUACUGUU